AUGCUAACUUCGAGUGUGUAUAGAAUCAAAAUGUCGAAGACCAAGGCUACCAAGGUCGCCAAGGGCGCUGACAAGACCGAGAAGACUUUGACCAAGGUCAAGGACGCCGGUGUCACCAAGGCGUCGCAGACUCCCAAGGCCAAGGGCAAGGAGAUCGCUCGCCAGCUCGCUGCCAAGGAGGAGAAGGCUUCCAAGAAGAACAAGAAGAAGGCUCCCACCCCUAGCAGCUCCGACUCGGAGUCUGACAGCGAUGAGGAGAUGAAGAACGCCAGCUCCUCCAGCAGCGAGAGCGAGAGCGAGAGCGAAGACGAGAAGCCUGCCAAGAAGGAGACCAAGAAGGCUGCCAAGCCAGCGGCUAAGCCUGCUGAGUCUUCCUCUGAAUCCGAGUCUGAGGAGUCCUCCGAAGAGGAGGCCCCCAAGAAGACCGAGACCAAGAAGAAGGCUGAGCCAAAGAAGGCUGAACCCAAGAAGGAGAGCAGUGACAGCGACGACUCUGAGUCUGAGUCUGAGUCGGAGUCCGAGGCUGAGUCUGACUCUGAUGAGGAGUCUGAUUCUUCCGACAAGUCCGGCUCUGGUUCCGAUUCCGAGUCUGACUCUGACUCUGACUCUGAUUCCGAGGAGACUGAAGAGUCUGCCAAGGAGUCGCCCAAGGAGUCGCCCAAGAAGCGCAAGGCGGACGAGCAGGAGGCUCCUGCUGCAAAGAAGUCGAAGACCCAGGAGAUCCCCGGCGCGAGUGCCAACCUCUUUGUCGGAAACCUGUCCUGGAACGUCGACGAGGAGUGGCUCCGCCAGGAGUUUGACGGAUUUGGCGAGCUUUCUGGUGUCCGUAUUGUGACUGAGCGUGACACUGGUCGUUCCCGAGGUUUCGGAUACGUUGAGUUCGUCAACGUGGCCGACGCCGUCAAGGCCUACGAGGCCAAGAAGGGUGCUGAGGUCGAUGGCCGCAAGAUCAACCUCGACUACGCCAAUGCUCGCCCUGCCAACAACGAGGGUGGCCAGAGAGACCGCGCCCAGGCUCGUGCCCGUUCUUUCGGUGACCAGACCAGCCCCGAGAGUGACACUCUCUUCAUCGGCAACCUCCCCUUCAGCGCCAGCGAAGACGCCAUCAACCAGACCUUCGCCGAGCAGGGAAGCAUCCUUGGCAUCCGUCUGCCCACCGACCCUGAGUCGGGCCGUCCCAAGGGCUUCGGUUACAUCCAGUUCUCGUCCGUUGACGAGGCCCGCGCUGCGCUCAACAACCUGCAGGGCGCUGAGCUCGAAGGCCGCAGCAUGCGUCUGGACUUCAGCACUCCUCGCCAGAACAACGGAGACUCUGGCCGUGGUGGUGGCCGUGGCGGUUUCGGCGGUCGUGGCGGUCGCGGUGGCCGCGGUGGCCGUGGAGGCCGUGGUGGCUUUGGUGGUGGCCGGGGCCCCGGUACCGGUGCCAACAGCACCAACCGUGGCGGUGUUGGUGAGUUCCAGGGCAAGAAGACCACCUUCUAG